GAUUUAAAGUUUUAUCUUCUCUUCUUAUAGCCCAUUCUGAUAGGAACAGAAAAGUCAAGAACAGGGCUAUGUGCAGAUUCCAUUUUUUUCUGCCUUGCCUAUGACCCUUUUUUCUUGUUACCUGUAAUCUUGCAUUAUUAAUCCAGGAGAUACUUGCUUGUGUGUCUGUUUGCCAGUUCUGCACUGGGAGACAAACUAACUGCCAUGAUUUAGGCCUUUCAAGUAUUCCCAGGAAUUUUUCUGAAAUUACAGUUUUUCUGUACCUGGGAAAUAACUUAUUUCAUAUAAAUAAAACUGAAUUAACAGGGUUUCAUUCUCUUGUAGUAUUAUAUUAGGAUAAUGCUGGCAUUGUGUGUUUAUAUCCAAAAGCCUUUGUUCAUUUGAGGCACCUCUAUUUUCUAUAUUUAAAUAAUAAUUUUAUGAAACAUUUGGAUCCUAGAAUAUAUGAGGGGCUUUCCAGUCUUUGUAAUUUAUGUUUACAGUGUAAUCUAUCCAUUGUUCCAAGAGGAGUAUUUAAUGAUCUAGUUUCAGUCUUAAAUCUGCAAAGAAAUCACCUUACUCUCCUCGGGAGUGGUACUUUGUUGGCAUGAUUGCUCUUUGGAUAAUUGAUUUAUCCACAAUAACAUUUUUUGAGGAUAUCAGAUACAGGCUUUCAACAUCUUGGAAAUUUGGAUUGUUUGUACCUAGAUGGUAAUAAUUUAGCAAAAGUACCAUUAGAUGCUUUAGAAGUACUUAAGAGUCUUAAAAGACUUGUCAUAAAAGCAAUACAGUCCUUUGCAUUUAAAGGGCUUGUCAACUUGGGAUAUUUGCUUCUGAAAAAUUCAAGAAUUAAAAACAUUACUAGUGAUGGGUUUAAUGGAAUUAACAAUCUUAAACAUUUGCUCUUAAGUCAUAAUGAUUUGGAAAUGUCUGACACAUUUAGAUGUUAAAGAAUUUAAUUUACCUUAAUUAAAUUAGACAGAAGCAGAAUAAUCAGCAUUGAUAAUGAUACAGUUGAGAACAUGGGAGCAUAUUUGAAGAUCCUUAAUCUGUCAUUUAAUAAUCUUACAGACUUACAUCUAAGGGUCCUUAAGCCAUUGCCUUCAUUGACUCAUCUUCAGGCAAAUUCUAAUCCUUGGAAAUGUAACAGCAAACUAUUGGGCCUUCGCAACAACUGGCUAGCAUCUUCAGCCAUUACCUAAACAUCUAUUGUCAGAACCCCCCCAUCCAUGCGUGGCAGAGCAUUGCAUUAUAUUAAGUGGACUGACUGUACAGAUUGCGUUACAUCUUCGACAAAUGUAUCCAGAGCUUGGGCUAUAAAAUCUCUUCAUAUUCAUCACAAGACUACUGCGUUAAUGAUGGCCUGGCGUAAAGUAACCACAAAUGGGAAACACUUGGAAAAUACCAAGAGCAUUUCUUUCGGGGAACAAACUUCACCUUCCAGUAGAGUUUUUCAAGAAAAUACCUUUGCUAAUCCACUAGAGACUACUGCAGUGUUACCUGUGCAAUUACAGCUUACUUCUUCUGUUAACUUGACUUUGGAAAAAACCAGCGCCCUACCAAUUGAUGCUGCUUCAGUGUCAGGGAAGACAUCUCUAAUUUGUACACAAGAAGUUGAAAGGUUAAAUGAGGCUUUUGACAUUUUGCUAGCCUUUUUUAUCUUAGCUUGUAUUUUAAUCGUGUUUUUGAUCUACAAAGUUGUUCAAUUUAAACAAAAACUAAAGACACUAGAAAACUCAGGGGAAAAUAGACUUGAAUACUACAGCUUUUAUCAGUCUGCAAGGUAUAAUGUAACUGCCUCAGUUUGUAACACUUGUCCAAAUUCUCUCGAAAGCCCUGGUUUGGAGCAGAUUCAACUUCAUAAACAAACUGUUCCUGAAAAUGAGGCACAGGUCAUUCUCUUUGAACAUUCUGCUUUAUAAUUCAACUAAAUAGUGGCUGUAAGAAACUUUAGUGCCAUGGACAUGAAUAAAACUGAAGCUUCCUUGUAGAAUUAUAAACUUUAUUUGGAAAUAUAAUGAAUUACAUGAGCUUAACAUUAAUAAAUAAUGUUUUUAAUAACUUGUCAA